GAUUCCAUUAGUAGGGUCCAAUUUUCUGUUGUGUUAUGUUAGCUGUUUUCACACGUUUGUGCUUUCUAUUUUAACCCCCAAAGAAGCUCCUUAAACUUCAUAAUCAAAUCCUUUUAGCAAGUCAUUUUGUAGGCAUGGAUAAUAAUGUUCUUGGUCUUCUAAAACUUCGUAUUAAAAGAGGUAUUAAUCUUGCAAUUCGUGAUUCUAAUUCCAGCGACCCUUAUGUUGUUGUCAAUAUUGGCCAUGAACAGGAACGAAAACAAAAGAACAAGGACAAAAAACGAAAGAAGUUGAAGACUCGUGUAGUGAAAAACAAUUGCAACCCUGAGUGGAAUGAAGAAUUAACCCUUUCAAUAAGGGAUGUAAGAGUUCCAAUAUGUCUGACAGUAUUUGACAAAGACACUUUCUUUGUAGACGACAAAAUGGGCGAUGCAGAGAUAGACUUGAAACCAUAUACUCAAUGUGUAAAAAUGAAGUUGGAUACUCUUCCAAAUGGUUGUGCAAUCAAGAGGGUUCAAGCAAAUAGGACUAACUGCCUUGCUGAAGAGAGCAGUUGCAUUUGGAAAAAUGGAAAAGUCCUUCAAGAAAUGAUUCUAAGAUUGAGAAAUGUUGAGAGUGGAGAAUUGGUUGUGGAAAUUGAGUGGGUGGAUGUUCCAGGUUGCAAAGGUCUAUUAGGGGCACAAAUGUAAAUUGUUGCCCUUUCAAUAUCCAAUGCAUGAAUCAAACGACUCUAUAAUAUUAUAUCAUAAAUUAUUAUAUUAAGUCUUAGACUUUAUAUAUCUUAGUUUGAUUUUUGUGCAAUGACAAAAUGCGGUGUAAUAUAUGUGGUUAUUAUGUAAUUUAUAUAAUGACACCUCUGUAAUUGAUCGUAUUCAAUAAGAUUGAAGUUAGUAAUU